AUGGUUAUGGAGCGUCUCGAUAGGGGACUAUGCACUGAAGAUUGGCUAUCUAUGUUUGAUGGUGCUAAUAUCAUGGUUUUGGAUUGGGGAGAGUCAGAUCACAGGGGGCUUGUCGUUGAUAUGCCAACACGUGAUUCUGAGGGAAGCACAACUGAAGUAAACCCCAAAGAAAACUGCAAAGCAGUUACCCUGAGAAGCGGUAAAAAUUAUGAUGGUCCUGAAUUGCCACAACCAGCUGAUGGAGAUAAGGCGAAUAAACCUCAACCAAUGCCAACCCCAACACCAACAUCAGAGAAGGCUACUGACAACCCAACACAACCACAACAAUCUCCACCAAUUAGCAUUGAUCACCAUGCAAGUGAUAACUGUUUCUUCAUUGAUUUGAUCGAUGAAAUUGUGGGGGAGAAAAAGCUGCUAGAUGAUCCUCUUGAACUGAGUUUAACUGAAGAUGAAUUGACGGAGCAAGAGGGACAAGAGGUCAUGGGUUAUGUGAAGUGGCUUGAUUCUUAUGGGCCCUUGAACAGAAGGUAUUAUGAGGAAUUAGGAGCAGUUCCAAAAGGGUUGAUGCCAUCUACUGAAAAGCCUCCGGAACUUGAAUUGAAGGUGCUUCCUAGUCACUUGAGGUAUGAGUUCUUGGGUAAAGAUAAAAAGCUGCCAGUUAUUGUGUCAGCUUCUCUUUUUGAUGUGGAAACUGAUAGACUUCUGAGGGUACUCCGAGCUCACAACAAGGCCAUCCCUUGGACACUAGGUGAUGUCAAAGGAAUCAGUCCUUCAACGGUGAUGCACCGAAUUCUAAUGGAAGACAAUGCCAAACCGACAAUCGACGCUCAACGAAGACUCAAUCCACCCAUGAAAGAAGUUGUCAGAAAAGAAGUAGUCAAGUGGUUGGAUGCUGGAGUUGCCUAUACCAUUUCAGAUAGUAAGUGGAUAGCUAUAGCACCUGAAGAUCAGCAGAAGACUACUUUCACAUGUCCCUACGGUACCUUUGCUUUCAAAAGAAUGACAUUCAUUUUUGGUUCCUCCUUCGAUCAUUGUUUGGAAAAUUUGGAAAAAGUGCUAACUACGUGCGAGAAAUCUAACUUGGUGCUAAAUUGGGAGAAGUGCCACUUUAUGGUAACAGAAGGAAUUGUUCUUGGGCACAAAAUUUCAAAGGCAGGAAUUGAGGUGGAUAAGGCUAAAGUUUCAACAAUAGAGAAUUUGCCACCUCCAGUUUCUGUAAAAGGAGUGAGGAGUUUCCUAGGACAUGCUGGCUUCUACCGAAGAUUUAUCAAGGACUUCUCCAAGAUCUCAAAACCUUUGUCCAGCUUACUUGUUAAUGGUGUUCCAUUUGAGUUUGGAGAAGAUUGCGUAAAGGCGUUUAAAGUUCUAAAGGAGAGAUUGAUUUCAACACCGAUAGUCACUUCACCGAAUUGGGAGUUGCCUUUUGAGCUGAUGUGCGAUGCAAGUGAUUAUGUAAUUGGAGCGGUCUUGGGUCAAAGAGUUGACAGUGUGUUUCACACAAUCUACUAUGCUAGUAGAGCUCUGAAUGAUGCUCAAUUAAAUUAUGCCACUAGAGAAAAAGAAAUGCUGGCAAUUGUGUUUGCUUGUGACAAAUUCCAACCAUACCUGAUUGGGAAUAAGGUAAUUGUCUACACAGAUCAUUCAGCGAUCAAAUACCUUAUGACCAAGAAGGAUGCAAAGCCGAGACUGAUUUGGUGGGUACUUCUACUUCAAGAGUUUGACUUAGAGAUAAAAGAUAAGAAGGGCACCGAAAAUUUGGUAGCAGACUACUUGUCAAGAUUAGAGCUGGAAGAAAGUAAUAUCUCAAGAAGAAACGAGAUGCCUUUAACAGGGAUUUUAGAAGUGGAAUUGUUUGAUGUGUGGGGGAUAGACUUCAUGGGCCCUUUUCCUUCAUCCUUUAGCAAUCAGUAUAUUCUAUUGGCUGUCGACUAUGUGUCUAAAUGGGUUGAAGCUGCAGCUACACCACAGAAUGAUGGUAAGACAGUUCUUCGCUUUCUACAAAAGAACAUCUUUACUCGGUUUGGUACCCCUCGAGCAAUAGUAAGCGAUGAAGGAAGUCACUUCUGCAACAAGCAGUUUGAAGCACUCCUUUCAAGAUAUGGUGUCCGACAUCGAACUGCUUUACCAUACCAUCCCCAAAGUAAUGGCCAAGCUGAAAUUUCUAAUCGGGAGAUCAAGAUGAUUCUAGAGAAAACAGUGCAAAGAUCAAGGAAAGAUUGGUCAAGAAAAUUAGAUGAUGCAUUGUGGGCAUACAGAACUGCUUUCAAAACACCGAUUGGCAUGUCUCCAUAUCGGUUGGUGUUUGGAAAGGCUUGUCAUCUACCGGUGGAGUUAGAGCAUAAAGCUUUUUGGGCCAUGAAGACUCUUAACAUGGAAUUAAAAGCUGCAGGGGAGAAAAGACUGCUACAGUUGAAUGAGCUAGAGGAGUUUCGAAAUGAAGCCUAUGAGAAUGCAAAAAUCUACAAGGAAAGAACUAAGAAGUGGCAUGACCAAAGUUUAGUAAGGAAGGAGUUUCAACCUGGGCAGCAAGUGUUACUCUUCAAUUCAAGGUUGAAACUAUUUCCUGGAAAGUUGAAGUCAAGGUGGUCAGGACCAUUCACAGUGGUCAAGAUUUUGGGUGGUGUAAUUGUGUGUUGUGCAAGAAUAUUGUUGAUAUUGGGUUUGUUAUUAUUGUAUUGUGGUGUUGAGUAUUUGAGAAUAUUGUUUGAGUGA